UAAUUUAUUGUUUUCUAAUGUAUUCUGAUGUAUAUUUAUAAUGCAACUUAUAGUUUACAAAAUUUGGAAUCUAAACAGUACUAUAGUACUCUUAAAGAAAUAAUAUUGUGUGAUAUAACGUAAAAUAUAUACCUCAAUUAUUGAUCGAGGGGAUAGUCGUAGUAAAGGCGAUCAAUAAGAAGGCCAGUACAGGUGCGAUACAGAAGAAGUAUGGCAGGUGUUCUACUUCGAAGUCUUCAUACUUUGGAAAGUUCAGCAAAUGAACCUACCGCCAAGUGGACCGUUCCUUUAAGCGAUGGAAAUCACGUGGUGGAAUUUGAACAUGGUACAGCAACAGGUCGACGUAUAGUCAAAGUUGAUGGCGACCAAAUAGUUCACAGAGAUUGGAUGUUUCGUUUGGUCGGUGACGAAGUCUUUAUGUUCAAUAACACUAAAUUCGUGAUUAGAGUCGAUCCGAUGCCAGGUUUGAGAUAUUCUUACUCGUUGUGGGUUAAUGGGAAGAGCUACAAGCAAUUUGUCCAGUCGCAAACAAAGAUAUUGGAGACUUGGUUGGCCAAAGUUGGAAAUGAGGAAUAUAGGGUUGUAUUAGACAAACACGCUCACAGUGUUUGGGUAAACGGAGAAGAAGUGGAAGUCGAGAACGAAUUCAUGGACGGUGGUGCAGAGAUUCUCUUCACCGUUGGAGAUUUACAGGCUGCAAUCAGAUCUUACAGUUCAGAACAAAAAGAGAUUGGUAUAGCGUACACUCUAUAUAUUAAUGAUGUUGAAAUACAGCAAGAAGUUUUAUUGGAAGCGUCCUAAUUAAAAUAUGUCUCGAUCUACAUAUUUAUUAUGCUAGAUUUUUAUAUCCGACAUUAAUGAUUUUGAUAAAUAUUUAUCGUCGCUAGUCAGAAAUUAAAUGCAACAUUAAAUAACCGCACAAAGUGUGACGCACAUUUUUUAAACAAUAUUAUUGUGAUUACAGUAAAAUGUUCAAUUUGCUCACUUUACCAACCAAUGUGCCAUGCAAUUUUGUGUAAUUUUUACAACUAUGAUAAAUGUAAUGUAAAAAUCAUUGAGUGCACACACAGUGUAAUGUGAAGUUAUUAAUUUUGGCUAGCUAAAAAAUACUUGUUGAGAAUUACUUGAAAAUAGCUAGAAAGAAUAUAAAAAAUAUAUUUCACGUGACAUGUAAAAAUUGCAAAAUGUAUGAUAGAAUUGUAUAAAUAAAUGUGUUUGUACAUUGUGUGAAAUAUUAUGUUUUUUAUAGUGAAAAAUUUUUAAUAAUCCGUAAGAACGCUAAAUUUGGAGAAGAAAAAUGUCGCGAUACCGAACUUUUAGUAUCGGAGCUCUAUUGUUAACCUGUAAACCAGAUGAAUUGUAUUAUUAUGAAGGUAAAAAGAGAUCUAUUAUAACAAAUGUGAUUAUAUAAAUUUAUGUGUGUAACAA